GAUACUUUUACUCCCGUGGCGCUCUGGCUGAGCUUAUCCUCCAUUUGUCCUCUCCAUGGCAAAUACACACAAUGGGCUAUAAUGGCUCCGCAGAACUGUUCGCCGAAUGGGCAAUUGGUCUCGUGGUUGUGGCCGUUCGCGUCUACGCACGAUGGUCUGUAGGGAAAAGUCAUUUCUAUUGGGACGAUGCUUGUCUUGGUCUGGCAACGAUUUUCUGGACCUUCCACACCAUCUUUCUAUAUUAUUGCACAGAUGUCUACGGCUCUAACAUCGGCCUGACGGAGGAAACCGCCAUGAAGGUGCCAGAUGAGGAAGUGGCGAUUCUUCGAAAGGGUUCCAUUUACGCCUUCGUGGCUUGGCUCUCUUAUAUCUUCAUGGUGUGGUCGUUCAAAGGCGUGCUCAUGUUUCUGUAUGCCAGACUAACAAUGGGUCUGUGGCAACACCGGCUUGCGCAGGUUGUCGGCGUUGCUUGCAUUUGCACCUUCCUGGCAUCCUUAUUCUUCCAUCUCUUUAUCUGCUAUCCGGUGUCCAAAACCUGGCAGAUCAAGCCCUACGCUGGAGAUAACUGCACGAUCCGCCCCUUAAACUACAUCGUUAUCGAGACCCUCAGCAUCGUGACCGACCUCGGCGUCAUGAGCAUCCCGAUCCCUCUCGUCCUCGCCGCCCGCAUUCCCACGACACAGAAAAUAUUCCUCUGCGCGCUCUUCUCCUCCGGCAUCUUCGUCAUGGUCGCCGCUUUCCUACGCGCUUACUACUCCGUCAAAGACAUCACAACGCUAUCCACCGCUCUGGGCUGGGCUUCCCGCGAAGCUCUCGUCUCCGUGAUCAUCGUCUGCGCGCCGGGGAUAAAACCUCUAUUGACAAAGUGGGGAUGGUUCCGGUCGUAUGGGUCGGCGGGGAGUUACGAAUAUGGAUACGGAUAUGGACAUAGUCAGGGGAAUGGAGAUAGGCCGAGGACCAGGAGCACGAUGUUUAGUGGGAAGAGGCGGAGUGGGGCGUUUGGGACGGGUGGUGGUGAGAACCAUCCGUAUGAAUUGGGGGGUUCGCUGGGAAAAAAGAAAAGAGAUUCAUCAGGGGAGAGUCAGGAGCGAAUUGUGGAUCCGGAGUUUGGGAAAGGUGGUGAUAGUGAAGCUGGUGGUGGGCUUGGGGGGGGCAUUGUAGUGACGACGGAUGUUACUUUUGCUCAUGAGGAUUUACAUGGGAGGGAAAGAUAG